CAUCUCCAAUGGUACUCUUGCUUUGUUCACUUUUUUUAAUGUUGGUUUGCAGGUGGCUGAGAGAGGGAAGCAGAUGGCUUCUCAAUACAAAUCCAGAGCCACUGAGAAAAGGAUGAAUUGGGAGCUGCCGAGUCCCAUUGCCAGUAGCAGCCCAAUUGUUACACAGUGGCAACACCUGUGGAGAAGAGAAUGCAGAAGUACAGACACAUUAACUGGAGCUCCCUUAGUGACUGUAAUAGAAGCAGGAGAGAAAACCUGGACUGAUACGACAUUAACAGUUGAGACUAAAGAAUUGGGAAGAACAGAGACAACACCAAUAAAUGAACAUUGUGCUGGAGAGGAAGUGGUGACAAUGAAACAGGUAGAAGAAGAGACUUUGUUAGUGGCGGAGAAUGGAACUCAAAAAGGGGCAGAGAGUGAAACUGGAUCCGUGACCUUUGUUGGGAAUGUGGUAAGGACAAUAACUGGGUCAGGAACCAAUAGUGCACCUAGGAUGGAAGCUGCAACACAUACAGAGACAGGUGCUAGACGUUUAGCCAUUCCUACAUCUAGUAAUAUGGACUUUCAGCCAACUGGUCCAAGGUAUUCUAAGUCUCCAGAGACUGCAAACAGGAAGAGGCCAUCCGCUAAAGCUUUCAGUGAUUACUGCUUCCCUAACCAUAAGCAAUCACAUCGAAACACUGCUCACUUUUUAAACAUUCUGAAAGAAAGAUAUCUUGUAACAAAACAGAAAUCCCCGAGAGCAAUUCCUUCCAGCCUGAGCAAAACCAGAAUUGUGACUAUCAAUGGAAAAUACAGUCAGACCUGCAAAGGUGUUUUCAAUGUGAUCUACAUUGGAGAAACUGAAUGCAUAUUGGCUGAUCACUGCUUGGAGGACCUGUGUUCAAUCACUCGCAGGAACAAUCUCGGUGAUGUUUCUCUGCAUGUGAAACAGGCUGGCACAAUAAAGGAAAGGUGCAUAUCUUUAAUCCCCAUGAAAGUCUUAGAUGCUCCAGGAUUGAAGGAUGAUUAUUAUCUUAAUUUGGUCGAUUGGAAUGCUGCAAAUUUUGUAGCCAUUGGCCUUUCCAAUGUAGUUUACCUUUGGCACCCAGAGACAGGGGCACAGGAGGCCAUAACUGUGGAAUCUGAAUACAUUUCUUCACUGGCCUGGAUUAAGGACAGAAACAACCUCGCAAUUGGAACUAGUGCUGCCCAGGUGCAGCUUUGGGAUGUUGAGACUAAGAAGAAAUUGCGAAAUAUGCAAAGUCAUUGCUCAAUGGUCGGAGCUCUGAGUUGGAAUGACUAUAUUCUUACCAGUGGCUCUCGGUUUGGAUCUAUUCACCACCAUGAUGUAAGAAUGGCACAACAUCAUGUUGGCACACUCAUCGGUCAUGAUUCACAAGUAUGCAGCCUCAAAUGGUCACCAGAUAGUGCCUUCCUUGCCAGUGGUGGAAAUGAUGGUCUACUGAAUAUUUGGCGUAAUGAUCCUGGGGGCAAUGUCAAUAGUAAACCAGACAUGACUAUUAAUAAUCUGGAAUCAGCUGUAAAGGCCAUGAACUGGUGCCCAUGGCAAUCUCGAAUUCUUGCCGUUGGGGGAGGAAUGAAAGAUGGACGUUUGCGUAUAUGGGACACAAAAAGUGGGAGCUGCAUUCAAGACGUAGAUACAAGAUCACAAAUUUGUUCAUUGCUCUGGUUACCAAAGUUCAAAGAACUAGUAACUGGCCAUGGUUUUCCAAAACAUCAGGUCUCCGUUUGGAAUUAUCCAACUCUUAUCAAGUCAGCUGAUCUAAUAGGUCACAGAGGGAGAGUUUUGCACUUGGCAUUGAGUCCUGAUGGCAAUGUUGUGUUUUCAGCAGCAGCCGAUGAAACUGUGUGUUUAUGGAAUUGCAUGACCACCAGUGACCAAACAAAGGAGAGCUCUAGGGAAGGAACGCGGACUUUAUAAUGCAAGCUAUCUGUCUUGGGG